AGAGAGAGAGAGAGAGAGGCAAAAAAAGACAGACACAUGAAUUAAAAUAAGUCUUGGACUUCACAUUGGAGACACAUGUUCAUGCGUGGACUGUUUCUCUGCUGCUGUGAUCUGUCAUUCCUCCUCACAGCGUGUGUGUCUGUUCUUGAGAGGCUGAGGAGUGUGUGUGUGUGUGAGCCUGUCGUUCCUCUGGAGUCUACGGGACCAUGGCACCUGUCAGGAAUGGAUGAACUUGAGGCUUAAAAAACUUGUGGAAGAAAGAGAUAAAAACAGAAAGAAAGCUGAAAGAGUAAUAGCUUUCGUUGUAGAGAGGAAACUCCACAUCCACAGCAUCACUGUCACAACAAGCAGGACGACUAAGAUCCGCCACGGCAACAGCUGCCACGACAACCAGCAUCCCAGUCAACCAUCUGUGUGGCAGCUGUCUGCUGUUUAUAACUGAUAAGAAGUUCUGGUGGUCCUCAGAAGAUGAUGACGAUGAUGAUAUGCAGCUCGCUGGUCCUCCUCGGGCUGAUCGGCAUCAGUUAUUCAUCUAGCGGAAGUUCACCUUCCUCACCCCGGAUGAAGCUGUCUUAUAAAGAUCUUCAGCAGUUUAACGGCGUUAAGCGGUUUGACUUAGAGCGUUCGUGUUGUUUCGGAGCUCUCCUAUUGGACGAGGAGAGGGGACGGCUGUUUGUUGGAGCUCGUAACUUUCUUUUAUCUCUCAGCCUCGACAACAUCAGCAAACAGGAACAGAAGAUCUACUGGCCAGCGCCUGUUGAUUGGAGAGAAGAGUGCAACUGGGCCGGGAAAGAUAUCAACACGGACUGUGUAAACUAUGUGAAAGUGCUUCACCACUAUAAUCGGACUCACCUGUACGCCUGUGGGACUGGGGCUUUCCACCCCACCUGUGCUUAUGUGGAGGUGGGACAGAAGAUAGAGGAUCAUGUGUUUAGAAUCGAUCCCUCUCUGGUAGAAGAUGGGAAAGGAAGAAGUCCAUAUGACCCACGCCACACAUCAGCAUCUGUUCUGAUUGGUGAUGAGCUUUAUGCCGGCGUCGCCACUGAUUUGAUGGGUCGGGACUUUACAAUAUUUCGCAGCAUGGGACAAAGGCCUUCCAUACGAACGGAACAGCACGAUUCUCGCUGGCUCAAUGAGCCCAAGUUUAUUGCAGCAUUUGGUGUUCCCGAGAGUGAGAAUCCUGACGAUGAUAAAGUCUUCUUCUUCUUCAGAGAAACUGCUGUAGAAGCUCAGGGAUUCGGGAAGGUUACAUAUUCCCGGAUUGGCCAGCUUUGCAGGAAUGAUAUGGGAGGACAGCGCAGUCUAGUAAACAAGUGGACGACCUUUCUGAAGGCUCGUCUUGUGUGUUCUGUACCAGGCAAUGAUGGCACUGAAACGCAUUUUGAUGAACUUAGGGAUGUGUUCCUGCUGCAGACCCGUGAUAGAAAGAACCCGCUGAUCUACACCGUCUUUACCACCUCCAGCAGUGUAUUUCAAGGUUCUGCAGUGUGUCUCUACACCAUGAAUGACAUUCGGCGGGCAUUUUUAGGGCCUUUUGCCCAUAAAGAAGGACCCAAUUAUCAGUGGGUUCCUUUCCAGGGUAAAGUGCCAUACCCACGACCAGGCAUGUGUCCCAGUAAGACCUUCGGGAGUUUUGAGUCAACUAAAGGUUUCCCUGAUAACGUAAUCCAGUUUGCAAGGCACCAUCCGUUAAUGUUUAAUCCAGUAACUCCACUGGGGGGUCGGCCAGUGUUCCUGCGUACUGGAAUACCAUACAGCUUCACUCAGAUUACCGUAGACCGUGUCAAUGCAGCUGAUGGACACUAUGAUGUAAUGUUCAUCGGCACAGAUGUCGGCUCAGUGCUGAAGGUGAUCUCUGUGCCCAAGGGAAGCUGGAGUAACACGGAUCUUCUGCUGGAGGAGCUUCAUGUCUUUAAGGAUUCUUCAUCUAUUACAAGUAUGCAGAUUUCCUCUAAACGGCAACAGCUGUACAUCGGCUCAGAUACAGGUGUUGUCCAGGUUCCUCUGCACCGCUGCAGUAUGUACGGCAAAGCCUGUGCCGAGUGCUGCCUGGCUCGAGAUCCGUACUGUGCCUGGGAUGGACACACCUGCACACGCUACCUGCCAAACACAAAACGAAGGUUCCGGCGUCAGGAUGUGAGGAAUGGGGAUCCUAAUGCUCUCUGCUCUGGAGACCAUCAGAAGCAGCGUGUCCUGGAGAAGAGGCUGUACGCUGUGGAUGGAAGCAGCUCCUUCCUGGAAUGUAUCCCAAAAUCACUUCAGGCCCAGAUUACAUGGACCUAUCAGAAGCAUCCGGAAAACCCACGGGAGGAGGUUCGUCUAGAUGAUCGUGUUUUGCAGACCGAGCGAGGCCUUUUGCUGAGACGAGCUAUGCGUAGAGAUGGCGGUGUGUAUCAGUGCCAUGCAAUGGAACAUGGAUUCACCCAGAACCUCCUUGCGAUCACGCUGGAGAUUUUGCCUUUGGCUGGCCCCGCCCCCUCCGCCCCUAACCCUCGCAGCCAUGCACACACCAAUCACGGGCAGUCCACCAAUCAAAAGCUGUGGUACAGGGACUUCAUGCAGUUGAUGGAUCAUCCAAACGUAAACACAGUUGACCAGAUCUGCGAGCAAGUUUGGUCACGCAAGCACAGCCUAUCAGGGAAGACCGCGCCAGGUCCAGCCAAUGAGGCGCCGGCUCACGACCCGCUGCACUCUAAAAAGUGGAAGCACCUGAAGGAAGUGAGGAAAGGACGAAAUCGCAGAACGCACGAUGGGAGACCCGCACCCAGAGCGCCGCGGAGCGCUGGAGAGUAGCGAGGGAUGAGAGGUGGAGUUGAAAGAGAGACUGAGAGACAGAAAGGAAGAGCAAAAGAACCACUGGAGGUGGACAGAUUCUCACACAGCAUCUCAUUCAUUGACUGUUUAUUGCCUGUUCAGCUUUUUAUUACCCCUGUGACGACACUCCACCGCCUGUUAUUAGUCUCUAUAUACUCUAUUGGCCUCAUCUCCAGUCUGAAGACUCAAUCUAGUGCCCCCACGACCUCAAUCCCGCUCCCGUCAACAUCUAUUACUCCAAACCUUCCAAUUCCUGAUGGUUCUCCAGAAACCCAUGCUCCAUCCAGUUCUUCUAAAAUACUAACACAAACUCAAGGUCGCGGUCCAAAAAAAUCCCAUUGAGUUGUAACCGGAAAAUCUUCGAGACGCAAAGACAUGCAUGUGCUGCGUAAAUCAGUAAACACAGGCUCUUGUGGACACGCAUUGAGUAAAUCCAUGUAUACUCUUCUAUGUCUUCAUCUGGGUGUUUGUGCUACAUGUGUUCUGUAGAUUAGAUUAACUGGCUAUCACUUUGGCCCUGACUCACCAGCACCAGAUGAACAUCACCACUCUUCUUGUUCUUUCACUGCUUGAACACUGCUUGAAGACUUAAAACACAACAUUUCAAGCUCAAAAGACAAAAAAGGAGAAAAAAAACUGUACAUUUGUGACCUGGUAAGGCUGUAGCUACCAUGAGUGUUUAAGUAAAAGUUUUUUCAUUUGACAGUAAUUCUAUACCUUAAACGUGGUCAGCGAAAUUGACAUUUUUGGCAGGAGGUGAAUUAUUAUUUUGAGAUACUAAGUUAUGUGUCAGGUGUUCUGAUUAUGUAUUGUAUGAGACUGAUAUAGACACAGCAUUAAUGUAUAGGGGGAUUAUGGGUAAUGUAUUUUCCCAGACAGCAAGGACAUCUACAGAGAAACCUUUUUAGAUACUUUUAGGUCUAAUCUCAGAACUAACCAGUUGAAAGCCAGAAUAGUUAUGUAUAUUUGAAUGUGUCUGUGUAAGAUUUUGAGAGUGAGAUUUUCCUGCUUUUUAUACAGCUCUACCAUAUUCACUGUUUAAAUGAGCAUUCUGUGAGCAUCAUUCUGUAACAGCACAGCGAAUGCUAGUACAUAAUGGGUUAAAUGAGAAAACACAGAUCCAAGGCCAUCUUUCAAGACGAGAAACAAGAAAAAGUGUCCAAGAAAAAUGUUGUCAGCUCUAACUCAGACAAUUCAGAUGAAUAUUUAAAAUAACACAUUUUGAUUUAAUGAACUAUUCUGUCUCUGAGGAAAAGGAGUGUUGAAUUAGUCAGUAAAUGCAUGUUUACAGACGCUUGAGCCAAAUUUCUUUUUUGAUGCAUUGCAAAUAGCUGUGUCAGCGAAUCAUACCGAUUCCAAAAGCCAAAUUCUACAAGUUUACCAGGGAGCGUCCUGGGGGGAAAUACCAUAGGCUAUUAUUAUAGUCGCGACUCUAAAAAUGUGGUAAUUGAUAUCCACCACCACAAAAAGUCAGAAAUUGAAAGCAUUCUAAGGCUAUUAAAGUUUUUUAAAGUGUUUUAGACUGUUCUGCAAGGUAAAUGAAUGGUGCUCGAGCAGGAGUUAUAGUGGACCCGAUGGCCUCGCUCUGUGUUGUUAUGGCGCUCUCUUCUGGUGUUUGUGGUUUCUGCUGUGUCGGAUGAGAUAAACUUGACAUUAAAUUAAAAGAUUCCGAAUCCGAUUCAUUUAAACGGAUGUAAGAAUGUUUUGAGUAGAACUGGUGGGUUAUCAUGUGGUAGUAUUUGUCUAAAAGUUAUACUUAACGGUAAUGUUUGCAUGACUUUAAACGUCGAGUUUUUGUUUGUUUUACAAUGAAAAUACUAUGUUUUAAAACUGUUCUGCGAGAGUAUCUGAUAUUUUCAUCGUAUAUUUAUGGAUCGAUAAGCUAAUGUGUUGUUGUGGUUUGUGAAAAAAACUGACCUAUGUGUAAUGAGGAGAAUAUCAUAUGAGAACAUCAUGUGUGUAUAUUUUGACAUUCUUUCCCUAAUUUUGAAUACAUAAAGACCUAACCUGACACACUC